GCAUCUCUAGCUUGUUGUCAAACAGGUUAGAAUGGUUAGCAGGUUAUGAACAGCGCUAUUAAUUAAAAGGUGUCAGCGUACAAGUAUUGUAAAUUAUUUAUUAAUACGCGACACAAAUUAUUGUUUAUAAAGAAAUUAAUAUUUGCAGUAUAUACCAAGGAAAGUGUAAAAAUGAAAAUUCAAAGACUAUGAACUAUGUUUGUGUAAUGAAUAUGUCAUGAAACUUAUGUGUAUUUCUUAAUUAAUCUUUAUGAAAAUCUUGCUUUGACGCAAAAAUGCCUACGGUCAUAGCAUUAGAUGUCUCCUUGUCAAUGAGACGUCCAGUAUUACCAAGUGGACCAAAUGAUAAUGUACAAAAUGAGCCAUUGACACGCCAUCACUUGGCAGUACAUGGUAUAAAUGCUUUGUUGCAUUACCUGCAAGUUAAUUCAAAGCUGGAAUUUGUGUCGUUGAUUGUUUUUUCAUCAUUGUACGAAGUAGUUUGUCCAUUCACUCGCGAUUAUGACAGCAUACGUGCAAAGUUACAAACUAUCGAGGAAUGGGACAAGACGUGCGUCGAAGGAGCACUGCAUGGUGUAAAUAAUGUAAUUAUGGCAGAGUGGGGUAACGCUACAGCCUGCCAAGUAAUACUGAUUACUGAUGGCAACCCUGGCACAGGACGAAUGUCUUUGGGCGAUUCGUUAAGUUCACUGAACAUCACGCAAGAUGUAAACCCGUUUCCAUUGCCCUUUCCCUAUCCUGGAAAAUUAAGUAUAGUUUGUCUUGCAUCCCAGCAAGAUGCAAGUUUGCAGAUUGGUUUACCUCUCUAUCAACGUUUGGCUGAUCUAGCGGGUGGCGAUAGUGUCGUACUAGUUCCAGAAUCACCACUUAACAAGUAUUCCGUCGCAGCUUGCUUCCAAAAGUUGGCCGAAACGAAUUAUGUCUCCUUCCAAGGGUAUCUAAAGUGUGGUCACUUAGGCUCCCGUAUCCUAUUAUCUCCAGCACCCAUGGCUUACACAAAGAAAACAGAUUUCGAGUUAAUUCCAGGUUUGGUGAUAUCGAAAACUAUAGAAAUAUGCGGAUUUAUAUCUGUGGGGGAUGUCGGUAGCCCAAGUUCCAUCUCUAGACACUUGGUGUUACCACUGGCAACAGAGAAAACCUCGAGUGUGCAGGGCAUAUCGUUGGAAGAGGACUCUGAUACCGAUGAGAACGGAGAUGAGGGGAAAAUGCCGUCUUUUUGCGUGUUGCUGCAUGGAGCAUUAAAAAUAGAAAAUAUGGCAGCCCUUUGUUUGUUGAACAACGAUUGGUACGGUUUCAUAUAUUCGUGGGCAGACACCAAGAAGAAGUCUAACUUGAUGUUAACAGUGCUAGAACCGGGAUCCGACGUUGUGCCAUGGUUAGGCAAUUUCAGCAAUUUGGGUCCGUCGGACGUGAGCAAGGAUUCCCCGAUCAAUUUCCCAAUUAGGCCAGCCGAGAAGAGGAGCUACACGCAAAACGCUCCUUCAUGGAUUCGCCAGGUUGGCCUGCAGUCGGAUAUCCAAAAGAUAUUAAGACACGCGAGAAAAUUGCCCGAGAAGACGCAGAACUUUUAUAAGGAGGUGAACAGACUACGUCGUGCAGCAGUGUCGAUAGGAUUUAUCGAAUUAUUGGAGGGAUUAGCACGCAUUCUGGAGCGGGAGUGCACGUUACUGCCGCCAAAUCUAAAUCCAGACUGCACGAUUCAAAUGGGACACGUCGCUUCGAUGAUCAGAAAAACGGAACACCUUGAACUUAGAUACAACAUCCCACCCACACGGACGAAAUUCCAAUCUGGAUCGUGAAUUAUAACAUGCAACGAUAGGAAUAUUACUGUAUCUAUAUCAAGCGUCGGAUGUUUAUUCAGCAAAACAUUUGUAUUUGUUUUAUAAUCUUAUACCAUAGUUCAUAGUAA